AUGGCGUCUACAGAUAUUGCUACUCGGGAGCUCAAGAAUCCCAUUGAUGUUGCCGAAUACCUUUUCCGACGUCUACAUGAGGUUGGAAUCCGCUCACUCCAUGGUUUGCCUGGUGACUACAAUCUUGCCGCAUUGGACUACCUGCCUAAGUGUGGCCUCAACUGGGUUGGAAACUGCAACGAACUCAAUGCCGGAUACGCGGCCGAUGGCUAUGCACGUGUGAAAGGUAUUAGUGCCAUCGUCACCACCUUUGGUGUCGGAGAGCUGUCCGCCCUCAAUGCCAUUGCCGGCGCAUACUCGGAGUUUGUUCCAGUCAUUCACAUCGUUGGCCAGCCCACCACCCAGUCUCAGAAGGAUGGCAUGUUGUUGCACCAUACCCUCGGAAAUGGUGAUUUUAAUGUCUUCACUAAAAUGAGCGAGGGCAUUUCGUGCUAUGUCGCACGCUUGAACAAUCCCCAUGAUGCAGCGACUCUGAUCGACAGUGCGAUUCGUGAAUGUUGGAGGCAUAGUCGUCCGGUCUACGUUACCCUGCCGACGGAUAUAGUUGCCGCCAAGGUCGACGGUGAUCGCCUGAAGACGCCCAUUGAUCUUGAACUGCCCAAGAAUGACCCGGAGAAGGAGAAUUACGUCGUUGAUGUCGUUAUGAAGUAUCUUCGUGCUGCGAAGAACCCCAUCAUUCUGGUUGAUGCGUGUGCCAUUCGUCAUCGCGUGUUGGAUGAAGUGCACGACUUGGUGGAGAAGUCCGGCUUGCCAACCUUUGUGACUCCGAUGGGCAAGGGGGCCGUGAACGAGAACCACAAAAACUUCGGCGGCGUUUAUGCUGGCAAUGGCUCCAACCCCGGAGUCAGUGAGGCUGUUGAGUCGUCCGACCUCAUUCUGAGCAUUGGAGCCAUCAAGUCUGACUUCAAUACUACUGGUUUCACCUAUCGCAUGGGAAAGUUGAACACCAUUGACUUCCACAGCACUUUCGUGCGAGUGCGGUACUCCGAGUACCCCAAUAUCAACAUGAAGGGUGUUCUACGACAGGUUGUGCAGAAGUUGGAGUCUCUGUCCCGUGCUUCUAUUCCUACGCUCACGAACAAACUGCCCGAGAGCGAACAGACCUCUACCGAUCAGACUAUUACCCACAAGUGGGUGUGGCCGAUCAUUGGCCAGUGGCUGAAGGAAAAGGACAUCGUCAUUACCGAGACUGGCACUGCUAACUUUGGUAUUUGGGAUACCCGCUUCCCUGCGGAUGUGACUGCCAUUAGCCAGGUCCUUUGGGGCAGCAUUGGCUACUCUAUGGGAGCUUGCCAGGGAGCUGCUCUCGCCGCGAAGGAGACGGGAGAUCGCCGAACCAUUCUUUUCAUUGGCGAUGGAAGCAUCCAGCUGACUGUGCAGGAAAUCAGCACGAUCUUAAAGAAUAAGUUGAACCCUAUCAUCUUCGUGAUCUGCAACGAAGGCUACACCAUCGAGCGAUACAUCCACGGAUGGGAUGCGGAAUACAACGACAUCCAGCCCUGGGACUUUGCCAACAUUCCCAAGGUCUUCGGAGCGAAGGACAACUACCAGGGCUACCGGAUCAAGACUCGCGACGAGCUCCACAAGUUAUUCGCCGACCAGGAAUUCAACGUGUCCGAUAAGCUUCGGUUGGUCGAACUGUACAUGCCUCGCGAUGACGCCCCUGCAGGCUUGAAGUUGACCGCUGAGGCCGCUGCGCAGCGCAACGCAAAAGCUGCCGCUUGA